AUGGCAGCCUUGGUCCAGGAAGAGAUUCAGAAGGCUAUGUUACCGAUGAUUGAUGAUGCACGUCCAGGAAGUUCUCUGCAUAAUGAUGAUGCAACUUUGACCAAAGGAACUGUAGGAACACAAAGUCCAUGUCGCUCCAAUCUAGAUGAAGUUGUUCUAAUUUCUUCCCAGUCUUCUCAACGUGUUCACGAAACUAGCAUUCAUGUUGAUGUCAUCCCACAGUUGACAGUCGGAACACCUUCAUCUCCAACCUUCAUGAAUGAAACUGUAGAAAUCGGUACUCAUGAAUCAGAACCAGCAGCCAAUUUGGUGAACAUUGAAGGUGUCGAAGAUGACAACUUCCAUCCUACUUCGCCAAUGAUUGCUCACAUUACUCAGUACGAUCCUUCUUCUUCUAAAGAAUUGGCUACCACAGAUCAGAUUGUUGAGGCUGAACCUGCUGCUUGUAAAGAUCCAUUGGUGGAAAGCAUUUGCACUUUUCAAAAUCUCAAGUCUGACGCUAAAGCAUGUUCUGCAACAACCGCCAUACAAAGACAAGAGAGUUCUAUUGCCAAUGUUUUACCGUCGUCAAAUAUAUGUGCUUCUACACAUCCCCCAGAAUUAGUCUCUACAGUCAUCAUUCCCACAACUGCAAUUAUCAUUCCCAACAAUGCUGCCAACCAAGUCCCGUCACAUCAUGUUCAAACUGAGAAAAGCAACAUGCCAAGUGAAGAUUCAUCAAUCAUGAAGUUUGUUGUUACUGAUGGUCAAGCGGAUAGUGCUUCUCUUGUACCUGUUACUAGUGCUAUUAAUGUGCCUGGACAUGGCAACCCAGGGGAUCAUCCAGAGAAUAUUGCCUUCAUUGAUCCAAAAUCAACAAAAUCUUCAUCUGAAAUAGAUGUUUCUGAUGCACAGAAAGCUACAAAGAAUGAUAGUUUCUCACACUAUCCUGCCUCAGAUGUUGUUCAACUACAACAUACAGAGAAGACGACACUUGAAGAUGACAUUCAGAACCAAUCGAAUGAUCAUUUGGGGAAUCUUGAUGUGAGCAAAAAUGAUAUUCAAUCAACAAAAUAUAUUGAAAAUUCUGAUAUUGAUUCCACUUCAAAAGAUGUUCCAAAUAUUUCUUCCUCACCUUUAUCCAUACAAAUAAUAGACCAUUCAAAGUUACCUGAUGAUAUGCCAAAAGCAAGCACUAUACCAUCAGAUAUCACUAUGCAAAUUGGUCAAACCUCACCAAAGGAAUCCUCAGCAAUGCAAGAUUCUGAUCAAAAAAUACUAGACAAAUGUAUGAAAAUGAUUCUAUGUACGACACCGAAUCCAGCACCUGCAAAUGAUAACAACGAAUCACUCAGUCUUGCUAUCAAUGAAGUGCUUAGUGAAAACUUAGAACAAACUCUUGCAUUAGCAGAAAUACAGACUCAGUGCACUGCAGGAGACAAUGAAUCAUCAUCUUGUCAGAUGGAUAUUACUGGAAAAAAACAAGAUGAAUCCCAAGAACAUCCUUCCGACAAUUCAGUUGCAGAAGUAUGUUCUGAGCGCACCGAAGAUGAUGAUAUAUCUAAAGUGGGCAAGCAAGAUUCAGACUCUCAUACUUCUCAUUUAACUCCUAGACACAUCUUCAGAGAUAUAGAGAUAGUUCACAUAGCCGAGGAAGCUUUAUCUCCUAAAACAAUUGAUUGUGGUACCAAGAUCAGGAUAGGUCCAGCUUCUGUAACAGAAAGAGAGUUAGUACAAUGCCUAAUGCCAAAAGGAAAGAUGUGCAAAAAUAUGAUGUGGUUACUGUCCGUCGCAUUUAUGUAUGAUUGGGGAUCAAAGACCAAGCUUAUAUUGGACCAGACUAUUAUACUAUUUCUGCCCACAAUAUCUGACAACCAUUGGAUUCUGGUUGUCAUUAACCUCACGCAAAACACAAUUGAAAUUUAUGACUCUAACUUAGAAGUCAAAGAAGGUGAAGACCCGCACAAGGUUAUGUUGGAGAACAUGGCCAGCAAUCUCCAAAAAUCAUUGAAUGAUUGUCUCCACAAGAGUGCUUUCACAUUUACGGAUUUCUCCAAGAAGUAUUGUUAUGUUGGAAAACAAACAAACAAUGAUGACUGUGGUUUCUGGGUUAUUAAAGUCCUUCUGUGUCACAAUGGCAAAGAGCUCAUUGGAAAUUACAAGUGGGCAAUGGAUAUCUUCGGGAAGGAAAUAUGA